AUGCAAGCUGCACGCCGCGAGAAAACCUCUUGGGAAGAGAUGGCUUUAGAGCCAAUUGAUCAAAAUCAGCAAACUACUCACCCAGAUAUUGGCCUGUCACCUUACCCUGGCAUGGUCUUCAGUGGGCAUUUCGAACAUGAAAUCUAUCCCAACUUAGAAGUCACGGGACCGGAUACCCAAUUCGAGUUUUGGAACAGUGCGGCUACAUUGUACCCUAAUACCGACCUUGCCAACUUUUCCGCUCCAGGACUCUUUAUCGCUGAUUUUCCAGUCGAAGGACCAUCUGAGAAUGGAUACUCCACAGCUAUGAACAUGCAUGCCAUCGAACUGGAUUUCUUCAACGGAUUCCCAAGCGUCGGUUAUUCUGGCAUAAUCACCCCCAGUGAUCCAGCCCCUAUGCUUGGCCCGGCCAUAUACCCACCACCCUUCGUUAACCCAGACAGUGCUUCCUACUUGCCUGCCCAAGCACCUGUUCAACAGCCCGUUCUUCCAUCCGGACAACAAGCUCCUCAACGUACCACCUGUACGCGUUGCCCACGUACCUUCUCUCGUCGAUCGGAUCUUCCACGCCACAUGGCAUCUGUUCACGGAGUAGGACGUCGCGCUCAUCAGUGUCCCAGAUCCGGUUGUGGAAAGACCUACAGUAGAAGCGACAAGGUCUUGGAGCAUAGAAGAAAUGCAGGACAUUAG